CGACAACGCCGCGGGAGCCGCAGACAAACCGGCGCUGGACGAUAAGGAGGAAAAGUACCUGAAAAAAUUCGCCGACACGAGGCACUACGACGUGUCUGCGCUGACGAAGGACAACGACGUCAAAUCAUUGAACGCGAUCGACAAGAAGCGCCUCGAUGACAGGACGAAUUGGGUAUGCCCCACUGGCGGGAAGAAGCUGGUGCUCUUGACUAUGACCUGCUCAAAUGUUGUUUACAAUCUCAAAGGUUGCAAUCAAUAGAAUAUGGAAAUCUGUGAUGCAUAAGAAGAGCGCUUUUAACUUUAUCUCGCCUAGUACUCUCACAGGAUUACGCGUGACAAGUUCCGGAGCCACAAACCGCACUGAAACCCGACAAAAUUUGUAUUCCAAGAAGCGCAAGACUCUCUAACUAUGUUACCCAUCAGGGCACGACUCAUGCAGGACAAAAUCCAGAUUCUAUUGUAACAGUUGAGGUUGUAACACGACUAACAUGUGGGCACGCCAUAUUGACCCGCUGGUCGAAAUUUCUUCUCGGGAAGCCGG